GUAUUCAUUACAAUUCUUUUAUCAGUCAUCAAAUGUAGAAAACCCAUCUUGCCAAAUUCGGAAAUAUUACCCAGCGGAACUGAAUUCAUUUACAACACGACAAUAAAUAUCAAUUGUGAAGAGGGUUACUAUCUUCAAGGAUCCUCCUUUGCAAUAUGUGGAACUAAUGGUUCAUUUACAUUUGAACACAACCCUUCAUGUCAUAGGAUUGAGUGUCACGUUCCUGAUAUUAAAAAAAAUGACAUGCUCUUAAUAAAUGAGACAAGAAAAGCAGUAUUCUAUGGUGAAUCUAUUUCGUUUACUUGUGAAACGGGAUUCAAGAUUAACGGAACAUCAGUUAGUAUUUGUGGAUUGAACGGCACAUUUGAUCAAAUUAUACCUCACUGUUCACGCAUUCAGUGUCACGUCCCUGAAAUCUUUAGGCAAAAUAAACUAAUUGUAAACGAGACAAGGAAGUCUUUAUUUUACGGAGAAACUAUUGAAGUUGCGUGUGAAAAGGGGUAUAACAUUAACGGGACAACAGUCUCUUCCUGUGAAUUGGAUGGUCAUUUUGAUAUUCAACUUCCUCCUGUUUGUAUAAUGGAGAGACAAUCAACGUCAUUAACUUCCGAUGGUGUAAUAGCUGGAGGUGUAGUUGGUGCAAUAUUCUUUGUUACAAUUCCAUUCAUCAUCAUUGUCAUCAUAGUUUGGAGAAGACGAGCUGGAAAACCCGAUUAUACUAGAAACACUGAAACCCAUUCCCUUAGUAGUCUUAAUUCUCUGGGUCUAAAAGAUGCCAUUGGAAUGCAGCAGAAAGACGCACCAAAAUCAAAUGCAGUAGGUGAGACAUCUACCUAUUACAACCUUAAUAGCACAGAUGCAGAAAAGGCGAGGACGGCACGACAUGAUGUAUAUUAUGAAUUCUCGCCAAUUUUAGCGCCAUCAGCAACAUCUGUUAAAGUUACAGAGUUUAAGGAUUAUGUGGAAAACAAAAGGAGACAAAAAGAAUGUUUCAACGAAGAAUUUAAGAGAUUUUUCACAGGACUUCAGUUUCCUACCACUGCAGCUACAACUCCAGGAAACAGAGCAAAGAACAAAUAUAAAAACAUUUAUCCCUAUGAUGACACAAGAGUAAAAUUAAAAACUGACCAAGAGCAUUUUAAGUCGGACUUCAUUAACGCUUCCAUAAUACACGGAUAUGGAAACGUUAAGUCCUACAUUGCAGCUCAAGGACCAUUAGUUGAUACAAUUGGGGAUUUUUGGUGGAUGGUUUGGAAUGAAAAUUGUGAAAAAAUUGUCAUGCUUACUAAUCUUAUUGAGGAUGACAAGGUCAAAUGCAUCCAGUACUGGCCAGAAAAGAAUAAAAUGUCUGCAAAAAAUCUUAAUAUAGAAGUGGUAGAUGUUGAAAACUUUGCAGACUUUACUAUUCGAACAUUCCUUUUAAGAAAAAGUAAAGAAGAAAGAAUAGUCCGCCAAUUCCAUUUUACUGCUUGGCCAGAUAAAGGAGUGCCGCUGUAUGCUUCCUCGUUGGUUCACUUUCAUUCUAAAGUGAAAAACACAACAUUGCAGGGCAAAGGACCUUUAGUUGUGCAUUGCAGUGCAGGGAUAGGUCGAACAGGUACCUUUAUAGCGUUAGACUACCUUAUACAACAGGCAAAAGAGUCUGAAUACGUGGAUGUGUUUGGAUGUGUGGAGACGUUAAGAAGACAACGUGUUAAUAUGGUACAAACACUGGAACAGUAUGUUUUUGUACACAGUGCUUUGUUAGAGGCUUUGAUGUGUACAUCAUCUGAUCCCUCUACUGCCGAAUUCCCCCAGUUGUACAAAGAUCUGAUGAACAUAGACCAUAACAGUGGAAAACGAAAUAUUGAUAUACAAUUUGAGUCGUUGUUGUCCUCUUUAGGAGAAAUUCCAGAGUCUGCUUUCAGAUUUGCUAAAGAGCCAUUAAAUAAGAAGAAAAACCGAUACAGUAAUGUAUUGCCAGUUGACAAUGAAAUGCCGGAGCUAAGAGAUGCAGAAAAUAAGCGUAUAUACAUUAACGCCGUUUUUCUUCCGGCCUACAAAACAAGAAGGUCAUUCAUCGUGACACAAAUGCCUCUCAGAGAAACCGUGGACGACUUUUGGAAACUUCUUUCUGAUCAAAAAAUUUCUACUAUUGUAAUGCUUAACCAGACUGUACUUUUAGAGGUGAACGACAAGCAGAAUAUCGGAAUGUACUGGCCAGAAGGUUCUGAGAGUAAAGAGUACGGGAUGGUCGUGGUGUCUAAGGAAUGUUCGUCUGUCAACGAAAAGGAUUAUACUAUCAUCGAUCUUCUUUUCAAGAUAAAGGACGACGAGGAUGAUGAAGAGAGGAGUGUCAGUAUUUUCAAAUGCAAUUUCUGGCCGGAUUCCACAACAAUUCCGUCAUCAAUCCUCUCUUUCCUAAAAUUGGUAAACGCUGUAGAGCUACAUCAUGACAGAAACAACACCGGCCCAAUCGUUGUCCACUGCAUGAAUGGUGCAGAAAAAAGUGGAUUAUUCUGUGUUAUGCAAGUGGUACUGGAGAGAAUGAAAAUAGAACAAGAUGUGGCUAUCCAUCAGGUGAUUCAACAGAUGCGCAGUGUGAGACCAAGUAUCAUCCCGAAUGUAGAACAGUUCAAAUUCUGCCAUGAUGUUGUCAUGGAGUUCAUGAAGCAGUAUGAUGCAUAUUCCAAUUUUCAAUGACAA